AAGACUAAAGCCCUGGGUGCUACAUGCUGUAUAUGUCUACUCCUGAGUUCCCCACAUAGAUCUUUAGAAAAAAACAUGUGGUCACGAAAUCUUUUAAUUGCUUCUGUAAUUGUCUUUUUGGCAACAACAAUUUCAACUGCUCCUGUGGAAGAGAAAGAGCCGGAGGAGAUAGAGGUAGAGGACGGUGAAGAGGAACUCUCAGAAGAGGAGGAGGAUGAUGAUGACUCCAAGAGUCAGGAAAAGAAUAUGGGAAUUGGAGCACAGCAAGCUACCACAGUAUCUAAAGGCCUGGGUUUAAGCGCUCAGCCUGGCACCUCAUUCCAGGGCGAAGCCCCGAAUGGACAUAAAGUCAAUGGGGAUAGUGCCAUGCAAGCUGGGCCUGACCGUAAUGGUGGUGGUGGAGGAGGAGGAGGGGGAGGUGGUGGUGGAGGAGGAGGUGGAGGAGAUUCACAUACUUCACCAUCUGACCCCAGCUCCCAUGAUGCUUCUUUGCCAGGACAUGCAGGCUCCUCUUUAGAUACCAGUAUUGCAGGUCCCAGUUUGGAUCCGAGUCAAACAGGUGCAGGGGCUCAUGGCAGUUCAGUGUCACACGUGCAAGCCCCAGGAAAAGUGGUUGUCCACCCAGGAACAGGGGUUGUCCACUCAGAUACAAUCUCUCACGGCUCAAUGGGACAAGCAGGAGGGAGCUCCACUCUCAUCAUUAUCCAUGAGGCUCAUCCACAGCCUGCAGGUGGCAGCAUUCAUACAUUUGAUGCUGCUGGCUAUCAGACUGAGGCUCCAACAAGUGAGACUGAAAUAGAGUCGCCUGAGUAUGACACACCUGAGUCACCUGAGUUUAAUGGUAAUGGUCACAAGCUGCUGAUUGGAGGAGCAGUAGAAAAUGGACAUGCAGCUAUACCUGUAGUCACUGACCUCUUCAUUGAGGACACAACUCACAUGGAUCCCACAGGUGCUAUGGAUCCACUUGUUGCAAGUUCUCACCUGGACAAUACAGGUAUUAUCGACCAAUCCAGCCAUGACUUCCUCAUUGGUUUAAUGGGUGGUGUGGGGGAUCUGUAUGCUUCUGACAUCCAUAUUGACAUCUCAGAUCACACUGGAAUGACUUCUCAAUUAGACUCAAUAGCUGUGGGUUCGGGUCCAGGACCGGCGUUGUCGUCCAGUAGCAGCCCGGGUCCAGACGUUCCACCAGGCCUUGGAGAUCACAUAGGUCUAAUAAGUGAUUUUACAGGCCUUACUGACUACUCAGGGCCUGACCAUCCAUAUCUGAGCUCAGGUUUCGAUGGAUCAUACCACUCAGCAGGUGAUCAUGCUGGUCUAUCCGAUACUACAGACCACCCAGUAGCAGUGAUGUCACAUACUGAUUAUUCAUCAUCGCACAUUGACCACCCAGGAAAUGGUCGUCAAAGCCAGGUUACAGACACACAUGGAGGUGAUCAUGCGGUCAACGAUGUGCAUCAUGAUGUAACAGAUCCACCUGGGCAGCAGAUUGUGUCUACAGACAUAGGCCUACUAGAUGCUGGUGAGCACGGCGUCGUCUCUCACCACGACGACAUGGGAGCUGUUACAGACGGGGUUGCUGUUCAGCGUCAUGAUGACAUUCACACCGUCAGCCCUCAAACAGAUACCACAGCACUUGGGGCGAACGUGUACAGCUCCAGCGCACCAGGGACGCCCGAUUCUGUGCUUGGAUUUGGACAUGACACUACAGUUGUUGCAGAAGCACACAGUGUCUUCAUUCAGACCGAUUCCCCAGUCACAGCUGAUGCACAAGGAUCCACUCUACAGGCUUCCAGUCAUCCUGGUGUAACAGAACAGACACAGCCUGCUGUUUCCGCAGCUGAACAGUACAACCCAUCUGGUCAGGGUCCUGAAGGUGCAGAAAAUGUGGAACUGGAGGAUACCUGCUGACUUCCAUAUGAAACCUCGUGUCAAGUUUCUACGCUACAGAUUUCAGUGUACGGACCAGCCUGCAUGGCAGAGAAACAGUGAUCCAGCCCACUAGCAAAUCUAGUUGUUUGUGUCUAUGUUUGUUUGUUUGAACUUUGUCUAUUUAAACUUAAAGAUGACACUGUAAGUAAACUUUUUGCGCACUUGUUAAUAGACGUUUUGUUUCAUUUGUUGCAUAUAUGACAAAAAGACAAGAGGGUACUAAGGAGAACCCUCUGACUCAGAUGAAUAUGGCUCAUACAAAAGCGUCAUCCCUAUGAAUAUUGUUGUACAAAAGCUCAAACAAUAUACUGAAUCUUUAUGAAGCUUUGUUUUUUUUGUAAUUUCCACAAGUACUGUAUUUCCCAGUUUAGAAAAUGUGAGAAAUAAUAAAUAAUUUUGUGUCAGAAAUUGUACAUUGCGAAAUGUAUAUCAAAGUAAUCUCUACAUUAAAAGGAACAUCUAUUUUGAAC